AUGGCUCCGAAACCGCAGCCUUUCGGAAAGCACGACGAUGAUGACGAGGAGACAGAUUUGCUGAGGGGCAGGUGGCCGCGAAAUCGCCCAAAACCAGGCAAGGACGUGGAGGAUGAUCUCUUGCCCUUCGGGAUCAAGGCUGACUGUCGGACCAUGGCCGCAGCCGUUGCUUGUGUCCUGCUGGUGGGCAUCGUUCUUAUCAAGGUGACCAUGUUCCCGGGCGCGACUGAGUACGAGCGCCCUGUGGACACUUCUCGCCCUCCGACCAGGACCACCGCAAGCCCCGCCAUGAUAGACAGUUUGCCACCUUCUCUGCGCGGUCAGCCGCCCAUCGGCAUGAGUGCGAAUGCUUUGCACACGACUUCAAACCCUGCUGGAGCAUUCCAGCAAAUCGGUCAAGCCGCUGCUCCAGGCAGUGCCGGCGACGCCUUAGCUGGCCCCGGUGACGGUGACGGAGAUGCGGAUGAUGGCAGUGGCAAAGGGAACAAGGAUGGGGACGGUCCGAACGGCGCAGCAGCGCAGGCCGGGGACAGCGAUGCGUCAGACGGCCCCGGUGACGAGCCUUCUACCCCGGGAGCCGAACAGGAUGACGCGCCUUCCACAACAGCAGCCCUCCAGCAGGGAGCUGCUGAAGGCGGCGAUGAAUCCGACGGCCCCGGUCAACAGGGAGCUGUUCAAGAUGGUGGCAGCGAUGUAUCAGACGGCGUCGUUGGUGAACCCUCUACCACCGCAGCUGGUCAGCAGGCGUUUGACGGCCCAGGUGACGAGCCUUCUACCACAGCAGCCGACCAGCAGGGAGCUGCCCAAGUUGGAGAGGGAGAUGCAGGCGACGAGCCCUCAGCUGGGCAGCAGGCAUCUGGAGACGGUGACCAAAUCAACCCAGGUGGCGAGCCUUCUCCCACAACCCCUACCACGGAAGCUGGGCAGCAGGCAUCUGCUCAGGUUGGUGACGGCGGUGCGCUAGACGGCCCUGGUGAAGAGCCUUCUACCUCGCCCGCUGGACAGCAGGGAUCUGCUCAUCAGGUUGGAGACGGCGGUGUGUUGGACAGCCCUGGUGAAGUGCCUUCUACCACAGCAGCCGGCCAGCAAAGAUCUGGAGAAGGCGAUGCUUCAGACAGCCCCGAUGACGGGCAGCAGGGGUCUGCUCAGGUUGGAGACGGUGGUGCAUUAGACGGCCCAGGUGACGAGCCUUCUACCACAGCAGCCGGCCAGCAAAGAUCUGGAGACGGCGAUGCUUCAGACGGCCCCGGUGACGAGUCUUCUACAACGGCAGCCGGGCAGCCGCCGGGAUCUGCUUUGGUUGCAGACGGGGGUGUGCUAGACAGCCCUGGUGAAGCGCCUUCUACCACAGUUCCAGGUGAGGAGCCUUCUACAACGGCGGGUGGCCAGCCAGCAAAGAUUGGAGACGGCGAUGCUUCAGACGGCCCAGGUGACGAGCCUUCUAAUCCUUCGACAACAGCAGCCGUCCAGCAGGUAGCUGCUGAAGGCGGCGAUGAAUCCGACGGCCCAGGUGCUGAGCCCGCUACCAUUGCACCCGGUCAACAGGGAGCUGUUCAAGAUGGUGGCAGCGAUGUAUCAGACGGCGUCGUUGGUGAACCCUCUACCACCGCAGCCGGUCAGCAGGCGUUUGACGGCCCAGGUGACGAGCCUUCUACCACAGCAGCCGACCAGCAGGGAGCUGCCCAAGUUGGAGAGGCAGAUGCUACCCCUACCACGGAAGCAGGGCAGCAGGCAUCUGCUCAGGUUGGUGGCGGCGGUGCGCUAGACGACGGCUCUGGUGAAGAGCCUUCAACCUCGCCCGCUGGACAGCAGGAAGCAGGUGAUGAGCCUUCUACCACCGCAGUACUCCAGAAGAUGGCUGGUGAGGAGGUUGGGGAUGGUGGUGGGGUAGUGGACACAACGGUCUCGAACACAGAGUUGGCCGGCCAACAACGUGGUGACGAAUUGUCCACAACAGCACCAGACCAUAAGACUGAUGGCCUGCAAGGAGCCGGUGGGAUCGAACCAGCACAGCAGGGAUCUGUCCAGGAGCCUUCGCAAGGGGAUCUUUCUACAACAGCAGCAGAUCAGCAGGCAGCAGGGACAACAACCUCCGCAGCGGUGCCGGCUCUUGAUGCCGUCCAGAGGGCAGACCUUCCACUCACCGAAAAUGCAAAUGCCGUAGCUACAAGCAGCAAGGCGUCCAUGCCAGAGUCUGAUCAACUAGCGCGGGAAAGCACCUCGUUGGAAGUCCAAGAGCGUCCGCUGCCCUUGGAGCCAUCUGGCGAGGCUGUGACGACAACUGGUCAGGGAACUGCAGCUGCUUUGCAGGGCGCCGGAGCAGAUCCCGGUUGA